AUGGAAAAGCUAAGAAUAAAUGAGAAUAAAAUUAUUGAAAAUAGAGAAAAAAAUAAAUUAAAAAAUUUUGAGCAUAAUGAUAUAAUAUUCUUUAAGCAAAAAGAUAAAAGUAAAAUAGGAAUAGGAAGAAUAAUAAAUUUUAAUACUGAACUAAAAUUAAAUAAUAUUAAUUUAAAUUCAAACAAAAAGGUUUCUUUAGCUAACUAUUUAAAAAUUUUGAAUAAUUUAAGUAAUAGUAAAUAUGUAUAUAGCUUAAUUAAUUCUUUAAGCAAGGAUAAUUUAGACAAUGACAAUGAAGAUGUUAUUACAAAUGAAAAAAAUGUUAAUAAAAUUUAUGAAAAAAAGGAAAGAAAUAUUUUAAGUUAUUUUAGUAAAAAAGAGAGAAAUGUUUCCAAUUCCAGUUCCACUUUAAAAAAAAAUAUGAAUGGCAAUCAUUCUUAUGAAUCUGAAAAGAAAAUCAAACAAAAUGGGAAAGUUUCAUUCAAUAGUAGUAUAAGUAAAACUAAACUUAUAAAUGAAGAAAGAAAAAAAUCAAGUAAAGUUUUUUAUAUUAUUCAAUCAUUCGAAACUUAUAAAUAUUUAAUACAAUAUAAAAAAGCUUUUAAGCAUUAUAAAGUUUUUUUUCAUAAAAAAUGGGAAAGUAUCAAAACAAGUUAUUGCAAAAAUCUACAGAAUGAAAUUACUUUUGAAUUAGCUAUGAAAUUAUUUGAAAUAAAAAAAUUGUAUGCUAAUAACAAGAAUUUACAAAAUAUUAUGAUCAAUAAUUUAAUAAAAAUUUAUAGGAGUGAAAAACAUUUUCAUGCAGAUUAUUUUUUUUUAAAUUUGAUAAAAAAAAUAGAUGUAAGAAUUAUACUGCAAAACAAUGUUUUACUAACUAACGAUGAUAUAAAUGAUAUGAUUUCUACAUAUGAUAAAAAUAAGAAAGAAACUAAUGAAAAAAUCGAUCAUAAUACUAGUGAUAAAUGCAAAAUAAAUAAUGUUCCUGAAAAGUCAACACAAGAAAAAUACGCCAAUCAAAAUGAUAUAAGUAAUUGUGAAAAUGAAGAUGAAAAAAGUGCCGUUGAAGAUUUGAAAAUCGACAGUAAUAAUAAAAAGACUGUAAGAAAAAAAAUAGUAGAAGGUGAAUGUUUUCAAUAUGAAUUAAAGGGAAAUUUACUAGCAAAUUUUAGAUCAUCUAAAGGAGUUAUUUAUAGAGGAUUUGUUAAAAACUUAUUUAAAAAUAAAAAUACCAUUUUAUCAUAUUUCUUAAUUAUACCUUCAUUUUUUUGGUUUAACGAUUCAUAUUAUUUCUCUUGUUUAAAUAUAGAUAUUGAUAUAUUUGAAAUUCUUGAAAUUAUAAAAAAAAUAGAUAAUUCAAAAAAAUUAUAUAUAGAUAAUAUAUCUUUUGUAAAAUAUCAGAAUUAUCAAAAUUUGAAAAAAUCAAAUUAUGAAAAAAAUGAAAAAGAAAUUCAAAAUAUACUAAAAGAAGAAAAAGACAAAAAUAUGCUUCAAGGAUUAAAAGAAAUAAAUGAAGAGAAAGAAGAAAAAAAUGAGGAACAAGAAUUUCAAGAGAAAAAUGGAAAAGAACAUAAACAGGAUAAGAAAAAACAAGAAAGAAAAGAAAAAAUCAAAGGAAACGAAAAUGAAAAAAAAACAAAGAAAAAAAGAAAAAAAGAUAAUGAACAAAAUAAAGAAGAAAAAAAGAAAGAAAAGGAUGAAAAAAUUAAAAAAAGAAAAAAGGUUAUAGAACAAGAUGAUGAAAUAAUAGAAAAAGAAAAAAAGGUUAAAGGAAGAAAAAAAGAACAGAAAGAAGUUAAUAAAGAAAAAGAAAAAGAAAAAGAAAAAAAAAGUAAAAGAAAAAAAAAAGAAAAAGAAGCAUAUGAAGAAGAAGAAGGAGGAGAGAAUAACUUUAGUAAUAAAACAGAAUUAAAAGGAUUUUACAAAAAAGGAUACUCAUUGGAUACCAAUGCAACUAAGGAAGAUGAUAAUACACAUAAAAAAUCAACUAUUAAUAUAAAUUAUGAAGGAAAAAAUUCAUACAUAAAUAAAAUAACAGACUUCUUUAAAAUUUCUGAAAAUAACAAGCAAAAAUUGAAUAACACCAAUGAAGAAGAAUUUUGCCAAGAAAAUGAAAAAAACGAAAAAAAAAGUUAUAACAUAAGCAAUGAAAAUAAAAGUUUAAAUAAUGAAAAUGAAAAUAUAAAUAGUAAUUUUGUGUAUUAUAAAAGUGAAAACAUAAAUAAUAAAAAUUUAAUUGAUAUAGAUGAAAAUACAAGUGAUAAAAAUAAAAAUAAAAAUAUAAAUAAUAAAAAUGAAAAUACAAAUAAUAAUUGUAUAGAAGAUAAAAAUAUAAAUAAUAAAAAUGAAAAUACAAAUAAUAAUUGUAUAGAAGAUAAAAAUAUAAAUAAUGAAAGUGAAAAUAUAAAUAAUAAAAAUGAAAAUAUAAACACUGAAAAUGAAAAUAUAAACAUUAAAAAUGAAAAUACAAAUAUCAAAAAUGAAAGUAUAACGACUAAAAAUGAAAAUAUAACUAUUAAAAGUGAAAGUAUAACUACUAAAAAUGAAAAUAUAACUAUUAAAAAUGAAAAUAUAAAUAUUAAAAAUGAAAAUAUAAAUAUUAAAAAUGAAAAUGUAAAUAUUAAAAACCAAAGUAUAAAUAUUGAAAAUGAAUAUACAAACAAUAAAAUUGCAAAUGAUAAGGAUGAAAAUAUAAAUGACAAAAAUGAAAAUGCAAACAAAAUUAAAAAAGAUAAAGAUGAAAAUAUAGAUGGUAUCAGUAUAUGUAAUGAAGAUGAAUUAUUGAAACUUGAAAAAAAGGAAAAUUGUUUAAAAAUAGAAAAUAAUUUAAAAUAUAGUAAUGAAUAUAUAAAUAAAGAUGAUAAAAUUUCUAAUAACAAUUAUACUUUAAAAAUAUAUAAUGAUAUACAGACAGAUAAUAAUAGUUUCCUUAAAAAUAGGAAUUCAGAAUAUAUGAAAAGAUUAAUAGAAAUUGAAAAAAUAAAAAAAAUAGAAAUGUUAUAUAGAUACUGCAAAGAAGAUAUAAACAUUUUAUUAUAUAUUUAUGUAAUGCAUAUAUAUAUUAAUAAAUUAUGCAAACACGUCAUUGUGAAAGUUUUAAAUCCUAAAUGUAAAAAUUUAAAAAAAAAAAAGUAUGAAGAUCGUGAUUUUAUUUUAACACCAUUAAUUGGGUAUUCAUAUGCAAAUUUUUAUUAUUUAAAAUUAAAUAAAAUGAAAAAGAAAUUAAAAACAGAUAAAAAAAUAGAUAAGAAGAAUUACAAAUUGAUAAAUCAAAAGUUGAUAAAAAAAGAAAGAAAAAGGAGAAAAAAAAAUGAAUUAAAAAGUGAAACAGAUAUAGAAAAAAAAAAGAUUCACAGUAGCUCGUCAAGUGAUAGUUCUUUUAAAAGCAAAAUUUUAAAAGGAAAAAAUAAUCCUCUAAUGAAAGACGUUAAUAAAAAACUUAAAAAAAUGCAAAUAACUAAAUGUAGCAAGAAAAAUAUAAAUUUAUAUUUAUGGGGUAUCUUUAACUGGAAUUAUAAAAAGACAUUACGUAUAUCCUUUAAUAAUAUUUCUAAUAGAAAAAUAAGCAACUAUGAUGUUUACAAUUUUUUUUUUUAUAAUUAUGAAACUCUUUCUGACUUAAGUGAAAUAGAUAAAGACUUAAACAAAUUAAUAAAUAUUUAUAAAAAUAUAAAAACUAUUUUAUAUCAAAAUUCUUCAAUAUAUGGAGAUUUAUUUUUGCUCAAAGUUAAAAACAAUUUGAUAAAAACUAAUUCAGAUGAAGAGUUAAUAAAUUUCUGGUUAAAAACAUUAGAUGAAUUAUAUGGAAUUAAAGAAGGGUUUUAUAAAUUUUUUUAA